ACAAAACCUGCUUCUCCCACCACAAAACCAAUUUUCUCGGACUACCCAGCACCUUUUUCCGCUUUUUUUUUAAAUUUUUUUUUAAAACAAUACUACCCUGUCGGUGACGAAGAAAUCCCGCUGAACGAGGACCGCAGUGUCCUUCUGCAAAGCCUCGCGUUAUGUCCAGAUCAAGACAUGCCCUGAUGGGCAAGGUCUUGGUUGCAGCAAUGGCCCUGUGGUCAACUGCUGUUGCACAGGAAGCAGGCUGGAUGGAGAACCAGAUCAACUCCACGAUGUGCACAUGGGAAGCACUUCGAGCCAUCCAAGUGAGGGACACUCUUUACUUGGACGGAGGCCACCUUGCAUGGGCUCCAGGACUUGCCGAUGGGUCGUACGGGCCUUAUAUUGUGGACGACAAUCCCUUGGGGUACAUGUACAGUCUCAACUUCGGCAAAUCCUUCAAUACGUCGGCCAAUAUAAGUUCCAUUCUGGGGACUAUAACCAAGGGUGGCGCCAGCUUUGCGCCGAAUUAUGUGGAUGGUGGGUUAAUAGGCAACGACAAUGAGUUCUACUUCUAUGGUGGCAUGACACGGCGCAGGGACAGCGUGGAGGCGCCCCGUGCAGACGACGUUCUCAGUUACAAGGCAUCGGGGUCGGGAGCCAGCUUCCGACGGGGAUUUGAAAUCGCGCGCUUGCCUCAAGACAAAGACAUAACCCGCUAUGUGGCCUACGGCGGCGCUGUAAGCGCGCCAUCGGAAAACAAGGCCUUUUACUUCGGAGGUUUGCGAUCUCCGUCACAUGGCGAGAUCUUUCAACCCCAGAGCCAGAGCACGAUCCCGGUCACUCCAGUCAACGUCUCAAAUACAUUGAUCAGUGUGGACCUCAGUCAAGAUGCCGAAAAACGGUGGAAUAACAUUACACUUCCUGACUACAUCAAAGGUCGGGCUAAUCCAGAGUUGGUAUGGGUUCCUUACGGCAAGCAGGGCCUUCUGCUUGCUAUCGGGGGUGUGACAUAUCCAGAAUACGCUACUGUUACCCGUCGAUCAUCCAAUCAAGCUCAGGCAGACUCUGAUGGUCGUGACUUUAUGAACACCAUUGACGUAUACGACAUCGCCAACGACAAAUGGUAUCAACAGCCCACCAACGGACAGCCGCCGGGAACCAUGGCCCGAGGUUGUACUGUGGUGGCCCCCGCGCAAGACAUGUCUAGCGUCAGCAUAUACUGGUAUGGAGGAUACAACGGACUCGACCCGCUCAAGGAUUUCAGCGACGACGUCUAUCUCCUCUCGCUCCCUUCGUUCCAUUGGAUGAAGGUAUACUCUGGAAAGCCCAGUCGCGCUCGUGCAGGUCACAAAUGUGUGAUGCCUUACCCGGAUCAGAUGAUGGUAAUUGGAGGGUAUACCCCUUUAACGGGCGCGAGGUCCUCCUGUGUGGAAGGAAGUGUGAUACAGGUCUUCAACCUGACCUCACUGAAGUGGCUGGAUGCGUACGAUCCCGCAAAGUACAGCAAGUACGGCGUCCCUUUGAUGAUAAACGCCAUGAUCGGUGGCGAUGAGCACGGCGGCGCUACUUUGAAGUCACCCGACCCUACAGGAUGGAAGAGUUCAGAGCUUGGAAGCGUCUUCGCAGAGAGUUAUCCAACUUCGAAAAUCGCCACCUACUACCCAUACGCCUCUACCGCCAGUGAGGGCUCACAAGCCAAUGGCGGUGGCAAUAGCGGCGGCCCUCCCAGCUUUACGUGGCCCCUUGUUGGUUCUCUGGUUGGCAUCCUUGUCAUUGCCAUCAUCGCCCUUGCCGUUAUAUGCUUGAGGCGCCGCCGUCGCCGUCAAGCUCAAGGCGAUGGCGAGGUGACUGAGGAGAGGGAUGAGAAUGGCAACAAGAUUAUUUCUUGGAUGCGUGGCCAUCCCAGCGAAAGCAAGGCGCCGACAGUGACGGCAACAGAGGAUACCUAUUUCACUCCUGACAUGGAAACUGGCACGCCGAUCACUCCUGGAAUGGUUCAGCCAGUGCCUUCUGUCACACCUGUUCAUAAGCCGGCCCCGCCACCAGCAGAGAUGAUGGAUACUCAGGUAGCUGAACUGAUGGACACAUCUCCUCGCAUUGAGCUACAAGACACAGGUCUCACGCCCGUAGAGAUCAUCAACAAACACUCCCACCUACAUCAGAACCAUGGGGGAUCCAUCCACAGCUCGAACCUAUACUCGUCAAUAACCCAGACCGACCAUGCCUCGGGCAUCUCGAGAGUUUCGGGGCCGAGCGAAGGUGGCUUCCGCAGUGACGACGCUAUCCCAGGCGUUCGUCCCGAUUCGCCAGCCCUUGGCUCGGUAGGCGGAUACGGCGGCGUCGGGGCAGGGGUCGGGAUGGCCGCUACUCAAAACUACCAGCCGGAUCGCCAGCAGAGCCCAUCUCCUCGCAACGAGUCGGGUGUCUCGGGAAUCAGCGACCAUGAGCGCCGACACUUGCGACACUUGUCCGAUGAUACGGUGUCCUCAGUCCAUAGCGGGACUGCCAUCGGCUCUCCUGGGCGCGGCCCCCUCUCGCAAUAUAUGAACGCCGACGGGUCAAGUAACUACACCGCCGACAUAUCCUCAGCCCAAGCAAACAACAUCAUCAGCCCCGCGAGCAGUGGGCCCACCGCGCCAGGCGGCGACCAUCCUCUAGUAGGAACACCGCCUCUGGUGUCGCCGCCCACGGCCGACGACGAGCCCCAGGAUUAUCUGGGCGUGCGGCCGCAGCAGCAGACUCGAACCAUCAAUGCGCAGCAUGGAAGCCCACUGAGGAGAAGUGUUUUCCGUGAAAGCGAAGAUGAUUUAGGCGGACGUAUGUGAGCAGCUGACAUGGUCACUCUUCUUGUUCAAUGAUUCAACGCAGGAUAGAUAGGUUGUUCUGUCAUUGGCGUCGGGGCGUUUCUUAUUUGGUUUCUUUUUUAUUCUCCUUUGUCGACUAUUUGGAGUUCCUCUUGGCCAUUUCUUGGAAAUAAUCUUUUAUAUGAGCUUUAUUGCAUCCAUUUGUGUCUUUCUCUCUUUCUCUCUCCUAUCAACUUUAGAAGAUACAACAGCCUUGGACAAGGUCUGGUGACAUUACUCGAUGUAGUCAUUGAAAUUACAAUGUAAAUCGAGCCCUU